AUGAUUUUCAACCCUGUCCUUGCUUGUUUGGCUGGCGGACGCAACAAGGCAGUGGGAGCUAAGGCGUAUGAUCUUCACAACGCAGCGCUGGCUUCAACUGGACUCUCUAUCCUUACCCCUGAGACCAUUUGGGAUGUCGCCAAGCCAGAGAUUCCCCUCUGGGUCGGCAGAAUGGGUGGCCUGGCUGUAGUGAAGGUUCCUUAUGCUAACGCAGGUCAGGGCGUGUGGACAAUCACAAACGACGAGGAGCUGAAGGAGUUCAUGGCGAUUGAGCAGCGCUAUGACCGGUUCAUUGUUCAGGUACCUCAAGGGCGAGAAGCUCACUUAUUUGGGCUCAUGUUGUACCACGUGGGGACCAUUCCGACAAGCAAAGGGAACAUCUACGCCUCUGACCUGAGGAUGAUGGUGGGGUCCGGAGCAGGUGGCUUCUUUCCAGUGGCCAUCUAUGCACGGAGGGCCAAGCUUCCACUUGCUGAGAAGCUUGAGAGUGGGAUUCAUUCUUGGGACAUGCUGGGAACGAACCUCUCAUACAAGAAUCCAGAUGGGACUUGGGGAACGGAGACAGACAGGCUGCUGCUGAUGGACAGCCGGGACUUCAACAGGCUUGGUGUUGGUGUGGAUGAUUUGAUUGAGGCCUACGUGCAGACUAUCCUGGCAGUGACCGCUAUCGACCGGCUUUGUGGAAAGCUAAUAACACCGAAGGGAAAUUUCGGCCUGAAGCUUUUUGGAUCUCUGAACCCUGACGUCAAGCUCUUGGAUGAGCUGUACACGCUUCCACUGCAUUCUCUUCCUGUGGAAGGUACCAGCGAGUCAUCUUGCCUGGUGAAGCGUGCAGCAGAUCAAGCAACGGAGCAAGAAGACGCUCUUGCACAAGAGCUUCAGCUGGAGGUCACAGUUGCAGCUCCUCCUGGAAAGAGAGGGAGGGUUCUCUGA